CUUGGCCGGUUUGUGUGUAUUUUCAUUCCAGUAUGGCGGCGUUUGUCGCGGAGGAGGACAACUUUCUUUAAAUUGGCCGUCAUAUAACUCGGAUCGUCUGGAGCACUUUAUUCUCGUUGGUUAGGCCUUAAUUUGGACCCGUAGACCAACUCGUGUUUUGUGUUUAAAAAAAAAGAGGAUAAUUAAACGCAAACACUGCUGCUGUUUGAGAGUCAGGUUGAGUCGACUCUGAGUCGAUUAGCACAGGUUGCUAAGCUAGCGCUAAAGCUAUUACUCGGCUAGCUGCGCGGACCGAGUAUCCGAAGGAGAGACUUUGGCGGCCGUGAUCACACCGUAGGUACGUUUUGUUAGGGAUUUAGAGACAGAACGGAAGAGUUAAAGCUUCACUUUGCUACCUCUCGAGCUCAUCUGCUUCUAUUUAAUCAAGUAGUUGUGCUAGCAGCGCUCGUGCACUUAGCUAACAUGCAGACCAUACACUUCAUUCUGUAUGUAAGUAAGAUGUAAGUUAAUGUAGAUCAUAUUUAGAGUCUGGUUUGUGUUUUAUAUCAGAACAGAGUGUCUCCUCUAAUCUAGCUAGGCCCGUGUUGUGAUAUUAACCUUAAAUCAUAUAAGUGAAUCAUUUCCAACUGAAAACAACCCGAACCGAUUCGUGAACCGAGCCAACAGGUUGAACCUCACACGUUUGAUCGGACAUCAUCGUGUUUUUAAGGGCUUAGAAUGUGUAAGGAUCGUGAUCCGAACCUGAGUUAGAUGUCAAAUUAGAUUAACACUUCCACGUUUAAAGGCGAUGCGGUGUUUGGAUUCUGUUUGACAUCAUGGUGGAUUUUGAAGUCAGGAUAACAACAAGACGACGGAGGCUCGUAGAGGACAUUAUGUAGUGGUUUAUUUGGAAAGGCAGCCUGUUUUUUUUUCUGCCCCGACUUUAUUUUUUUUUUGUUGUUAUACGAUGCACAUUUAUCUGGGAUCCGAGAGCAAAACGCGUCGUCGGCUCCUAUAUUUUUAGAAGCAACACAGGACAAUCUGAAGGUGUGUCAGUCUGGAUCAAGAAGCCCUGCCUUUCUCCUCUGGUUGGAGUAACACACUGAAGCCGUCAUCAAUGCCGUCGGCUCUUGCCGUGUUCACCUGCCGCCCGAACUCUCACCCGUUUCAGGAGCGUCACGUCUACCUGGACGAACCGGUGAAGAUCGGGCGCUCUGUCGCACGCUGCCGUCCGGCUCAGAACAACGCCACCUUCGACUGUAAGGUGCUCUCCAGGAACCAUGCGCUCGUCUGGUUCGACCACAAGACAGGCAAGUUUUAUCUCCAGGACACCAAGAGCAGCAAUGGCACCUUCAUCAACAGCCAGCGUCUGAGCCGGGGCUCUGAGGAGAGUCCCCCGUGCGAGGUGCUCUCUGGUGACAUCAUCCAGUUUGGUGUGGAUGUGACGGAGAACACGCGAAAAGUCACUCAUGGCUGUAUAGUGUCGUCCAUCAAACUCUUCCUUCCAGAUGGCAUGGAAGCUCGACGGCGAUCAGAUGUCAUUCAAGCACCACUACCACUACCUGUUGAUAAGGUUGCCGCAAACACACCCAGUAUGUACUCUCAGGAACUGUUUCAGCUGUCCCAGUACCUGCAGGAGGCCUUACAUAGGGAACAGAUGCUGGAGCAGAAGUUAGCCACACUGCAGAGGCUCCUGGCCAGCACACAGGAGGCCUCAGAGAGCAGCUGGCAGGCUUUAAUUGAUGAAGACCGGUUACUCUCAAGGUUGGAGGUGAUGGGGAACCAGUUGCAGGCGUAUUCAAAAAACCAAACGGAGGAUGGCAUCCGAAAGGAGCUUGUAGCCUUAACAGAGGACAAACUAAAUUAUGAGACUACAGCCAAAGAGUCCCUGAGGCGGGUUCUUCAGGAGAAAAUCGAGGUGGUCAGGAAGCUGUCCGAAGUGGAGCGGACUCUCAGUAACACAGAAGACGAAUGUACGCACCUGAAGGAGAUGAACGAGCGAACUCAGGAGGAGCUGAGGGAGCUGGCCAACAAAUACAACGGAGCUGUGAACGAAAUUAAGGAUCUCACUGACAAGAUCAAGUUGGCUGAAGGCAAGCAGGAAGAGCUGACGCAAAAAGGGCAGAACGAGAAGAAGGAGCUGCAUCUGCGAAUCGAGGAGAUGGAAGAGAAGGAGCAAGUGCUUCAAGCUCGCAUCGAGGCACUACAGGCAGACAACGACUUCACCAACGAGAGGCUCACAGCUCUUCAAGUCCGGUUAGAGCAACUACAGGAGAAAAGCAUAAAGGAAAACAACAGUUUAGACGACUUUCUUUUAAAGAGUGGAGGGGACUGCACUUUAAUCCAGCAGUUCAUUGAGUGCCAGCCCGUGAAGCAGCUGAAAGGAGCCAUGGAUUCUUCCAUCCACAAGCUGUCCAACUUUGACGAAGUUAUAGAUGCCCAUCUUCAGAACAAUCAAACCCCAGAAGACAACAGUUUCACCAGUCCAGAGAAACUAAAAGUGGUGUCUUCCAACCUGCCCACAGAAAAUGAGAUAGAUGCUAAAGAGUCUGAUAUGUCAGACACACUGAGCCCCAGCAAGGACAAAAGCAGUGACGAUACUUCAGAGGGACAAAUGGACGAACAGGAGCUGAACGAGCCGCAGAACAGGGCUUCCCUGAUUAAAGAUGAGCUACAGAGGGCCAACCUGGAGCCCAGAGACACAGAGCAGGUCAUCCACAAGUUACACAUCGAGCUACAGGAGGCUCAGGAGCUCGCCAACACCGGCAAGCAGAAAUGUCUUGAGCUACAAGCUCUGCUUGAAGAGGAAAGGAGAAGCAACAGGCAGCAGACGGAGGAAUCGUCUAAACAGAUUCAGUACCUGCAGACUCAGCUCGCCAAGCUGCAGUCAGACAUGGAGGCCCUGCGCGAGCAGAGAGAGAACACCAUCUCCAACACACGGGACGAACUCUACAGCGCCCAAGAGGAGGUGCUCGUGCUCCGCCACGCCAUGGAGGCAGCCAUGGCAGAGAGGGAGCGCGACAUCGCCGCCCUGCAGGCAGACCUCACCGCCGUCACGGCUGAACUCGACAAGUGGAGAAAAGCGGCGUCCAAGUACGAACUGGAGAUCGGCACCUUACAGGAGAGCUUCAAGCUGCAGAGCCAGCACCAGGAGCGAGCCUUUCAGCUACAAGGUGAGCUGGAGAAGUUGCAGGCCGAGUGCUCGACCCUGCACAGAGAGUGCGAGGCUCUGCGCUUAGAGAAAGUGACUCUACUGGAGAAACUGCACAAGCUGGAGGUGGAGCUCAGCAGCUCCAGAGAGCAGAGUGCCACUCUGAGCAGCAGCCUGAACGCCCUGGAGAAGUGUCAGGGUGACCUGGAGAACAAACUGGGUUCCAUGCAGAACCAGCACCAGCAGGACGCGUGCAGGCUGAAGGUGGAGCUCAGUCAGGCCGAGAGCCGCACCAAGGACCUGCAGAAAGAGUAUGAGGAUACUCAGAGCCAGUUGUCAGACCUGCGGCGGCGCUAUGAGCAGACAGAGCAGGAGAAGAGCUCCAUUAAUGACGAGCUGGAGCAGUGCAAGGUCAAUCUGAAGCUGCUGCAGGAGAAGGGCAAGAAUCCAUCCAUAUUGCAGCCUGUCCAAGCCAUUUUCAUCGGCCUUAUCCUGGCUUUGCUGUAUUGGUGCUUCGGCCAAAUGUGGUAGAAAGAGCGGUUGGAUGCCCUGGAUGCCGGUGGUCGCCGUCAUGGUUGCCGUGACGGCAGUAGCGCUGUACCGAAGCCUGUCCAAGAGCUCCUCCUGAGGCAGAUAACCAAUCACAAACACAGCAUGGCUCACUCUGUCACCCUAAUGUCAUGUUUUAAUCCUGAGGUCAGGGCUGUUCCAGACUCAUUACCUCCAAAUGUGAGAAUGCAACUCCAGGGUGUCCAGCGUGUGACUGUAUAAAGUGCAAAUGUACAUAUUUUAGAAAAAGAGGGGGUAUAAAUGGUCUAACUUCUAUUAUAGAUGAAAUAAAUAUAUAUGCUUUUUUCAGUUAGAUGGGAAUCUUGAUAAAUAAAGUGGCCUAAACUAGGCUUUUUUUUUUCCUUCCUCAUGGGUACCAAACGUUUUUUUUUUUGCGUUGACGUUCAAUGUGUGGUUUGCCAUGUUAGAUGUUAAUGUGGUAUUCCGAAUAGAUGCGAAGCCAAAUUAUAAUCUUAAAAGAUUGGGCACAAAGAGGUGAAGUGCCUGAUUUAACUACCACUAGAUAAGUGUAAACACUUUUACUUACACACACACACACACACACACACACACAGAGACACAUUUUUGUCCUCACGCUCCACUACUGCAGUGUUUCAUUCAGUCGAAACGUCUGGAAAUCGUUCAGUCCCGUGUGCCGUGAUUGUGCGCUCCAGUCGACCUCUUACACAAACGAGCAGCACAGUAAGGUCGUCGUACUCUAGCAUAGUUUUCUUUGUAUCGUGUACUUUAAAAGGAAAUAUUCUUGUGAGAGACACUACAGGACUUUUCUAAUUCAAAUCCGUAGAGAUGUAGAGACUCCGUGUCAGUGUGAAGUUAUGAAAAACAUCAACCUGGGUAUAUUGUAGCUUUUAAGAACACGCUGUCCCACCAUUGGGACUCUCUCUCUCUCUCUCUCUCUCUCUCUUUCUCUCUCUCAUUCUCUUUGUUUGGAAGAUUCAGGCUCGUCAAUGAACGCUGCAGUUCCUUAAUCGACAUAUACGGACAGUUUUACAGUAUCUCCUGAACAAGGCUCUGGGAUCUCGCUGCCUUAUCUGUAACACAGAGAUCUUAUUUUACAGCAAAUUGGUGAAGUCUAUAAAAAAAAAAAACUGCUAAAUUGUGUAAGGGGGUAUGCAUUCUUUAAAAUGACUACUUAAUCGAAGCACAGUAAUACAGAGUGGAUUUGUUUAUGGUGUAAUUAUUAACGGGUUAACGGGAACGACGGAGUGUCGAAUGGAUCGAACAGUGUGUGUGCUGGAGAGAAAUAACCAAGGAUUUAUAUCGUGUUGGUUCACGUUUUUGUUUGCUGCGCUGUAAAUAAAACUCUCGGUCAUGAAACAAAUGGCCUGACGUUCCACCUUGUCAAUAAAUGUCCUUUUUAUUUUAUCGUUUUUGAAUUACAAACUAACAAAACAUCUAUGGGAAUAAAAGUAAAUAAUGCAAAGCAUGGUGUAGCACAGAGAGGUUCCACUCUGAAAUUUCCCCAAAGCAUCAAAAAUCAUCUCCGAGCACUUCGGCUUUGAGAAACUUGUCUUUUUAUUUUUAUUUUAUUUUAUUAUUUUUUUUUUUUUAGUAUCAGACAUUAAAAGUUCUUCCUUCACACACAUCUAAGGCACGAUAAGAACAUCUGACCUUGGCAUUGUUUGUAAAUAUGUAUGUAUGAAUGUAUGUGUGUAAAUGUAUAUAAUAUUCACAAAAUAAAGUUGAAUAUCAGUGGCA